AUGGCUGGGGCGCGCGAGCCGGGGGGCGAGGUGGCUCGGGGCGGCUCGGGCUCGGCCCGACUCCGGUCAAGUGCGCCCCGGGCUGCGCGCGGCGGGAGCACCCGGAACCGCGCAGGCGGCCGCGGUCCCCGCCCCCGGCCGGUCGGGUCCCCGGGGCCGCCUCCCUCCCCGCCCCGCCCGGCCCGCGAGCCCCAGGACGCGCUCCCGGGACCUGGCCCGCGCCCCCCCCGCCCACCCCGCCCGCGGCCCGGCUCCACCUGCCGCUCCCCGGCGGCGCCCGGAGACCCCUUAAUUGGCUGCGGGCGCUCCCCGGCCCCGCCCGUCGCCGCAGGGCACUCUGGAAACUGUAGUCCCCCGCGCGCCCGCGGCCACGGCUGGGCUUCAGGACCGCUCCGGGCAUCCCUCGGCCGCACGGCCCGGCUCCGCGAGGCCGGCCGCGCCGCGUGGCCCUCGGAAGAACCGUGGGGAAGCGAGAGGGAGGCCAAGGGACUUCGCGAACGCCCACUGAUUGUCGCCCAAAGGCUAAGAAGGUGGAGGGCACCGACCAGUGAAUCCGCCCCGCAGCUACCCGCAAGCCUGCCUGGCGGGCGCCCACUUCUCUGGUGGCGACCCCCGGUGGGCGAAGGCCCCAGGCCGCACCUCCGCGGGGGGAUCGGGGGCGGCUUUCCCGGCGUGGUGCUGCCUCCUAGCGCACGAAAUGCGGCGCCCCUUGCGGCCGCCCUUAGUCCCCGGUGGCCGGGACUCCCCGGCUCCUUUCCUGCUUCCCAGGGGCUCUCCCCCGCCGCGAUCCACAGACCGGCCAGCAAGAGAGCCCUGGGAGAAAGAACUCCUUGGGACUUCCUUAUCACAUGCUUCAAGAUGGACCUUAAGAUAGAUUUGCAUAGUUACAUUUCCAAAUAGAGCAUGCUGAGGGAUGGGCAGUCUGCAAAGGUUAUUAUGGUAACUCUACCUCAUAAUCAAAUGGAAUCCCAGCAAGUAUCACACUCCAGGAAUCCCCACCCUUACAGAGAAUGUCCAUGUUGAGAUGUUGUCACCCCUUCGUGAGCAGUGUGCAAAUAAGAAAUGUAGUUCUAAGUUUGGAAAGCUAACUACAGAAGCCUGGAAUGCUGGUGGUGGUCAGCAUACAGGGUGCCCCGAGUAAAGGUUGCCAAAAGAUUUUAAAGGUCCCCCACACCUUACAAUUGUAGAGGAUCUUUAUCCCUAAAAGAAGAAAAACUCUUACUGAGUAACCCCAUGUUUAAACCUCCUCCAACAAGGGAUCCCUGGAUGGUUCAGUGGUUUGGAGCCUGCCUUUGGCCCAGGGCGUGAUCCUGGGGUCCCAGGACUGAGUCCUGCAUUGGGCUCCCUGUAAUAGAGCUUGCUUCUC